GUGGCUGGAAGUUACUGUGCGGCGGCGGCUAAGAAAGCAGCUGUGGUGGCAGCGGUGGAGGCUGAGGCAGUAGCUGAGGUGGUGACGGAGGAAGCAGAAGAUGGCAGAUUUUUUGAAAGGACUGCCCGUCUACAACAAAAGCAAUUUUAGUCGAUUUCAUGCCGAUUCUGUGUGUAAAGCCUCGAAUCGACGCCCCUCAGUCUACCUGCCCACGCGGGAGUAUCCAUCUGAACAGAUCAUUGUGACAGAAAAAACAAACAUUCUUUUGCGCUACCUACAUCAGCAAUGGGACAAAAAGAACGCUGCCAAGAAGAGAGACCAGGAGCAAGUGGACCUCGAGGGCGAGAGCUCAGCGCCUCCCCGCAAGGUCGCACGGACCGACAGCCCAGACAUGCACGAGGACACUUAAGACUCAUGGUCCCCCAUAGGUGCCUCCUGUCUUGUCUGCUCCUCACCCGUCUGCCAUGUGUAAGCACCCUGCCCGCCCACCCACCCACACCCUGCCAUGCACACCACUUUCAACCUCAUAGGAGCCGAUGUAUUUAUUUUCCUUGAGUCUUUAUUUAUGCUGUAAAAUGUACCGAGCGAUGGUUUAUAGGGGACAUCAGACCCA